AUGAAGAUAAAUAAGAAAGAUUCAUAUAUUAAGUUAAACGAUUUACCUGAUGAAAUUCUUUUGAAUAUAUUCAAAAAACUGAACAAUGUUGAUUUACUUUAUUCAUUUUACGGUGUCAAUGAACGACUAAAUAAAAUUCUACACGAUCGAAUAUUUACAAGUCGUUUGAACUUUCUCAAAUGGUCAUCUAAUUUACUUAUUAAUAGAUUUUCAUCUGAUAUCAUACUUAAUCGAUUUUGUUUACAAAUUUUACCCGAAAUAUCUAUGAAAAUCGAAUGGCUUGAUCUUGAAUCAUCAUCUAUGAAAUAUAUUCUAUAUGCUGCUGAUUAUCCUAACUUAAAUGGACUUAAUCUAUAUAAUAUUGAAGAUAAGACAGCUAAAUGCUUUUUUACAGAUCAGAGACUUUCAUCUGGUAUAUUUAAAAAUCAAAUAAUAAGACUUAUUAUUGGAAUUAAUCCAAAUGAAAAUGAUCUUGAGACAGUGGAAAACAUAUGCACUGAUAUUUUUACUGUAUUUACCAAUUUAACUCAUUUAAUAUUUUGUGAUGCGAACUAUAAUAAUAUAGUUCGAUUAUUAUUUGAUUUUCCAUGUCCUAGGUUUUCUUCUUCGUCUCUUUUGUUAUUAAAUAUCAAGGUUCAAAAUUUUUCUCAGUGUCUUUAUAUUCUGGAUGGUCGUUUCAAUCAACUUCAUACACUCUAUAUUGAUUUAGCUAACAUUCAUCCACCAGAUGAAGAAAUUGAAAAUAAAAGAAAAAUCGCAAAUCUGAAAUGUUUUUUUUUGUCUUGUGCUUUGAAAACAUCACGCUAUGAUCAAUUAAUUCUGUCACUACUUUGUCGAAUGUCAAAUUUAGAAAGACUUGGUUUGUAUUUGACGAUCAGUGUUAAUGAAAGAUUUAUUGAUGGAAAUCAUUUGAAGGAAAAUAUUCUUAAUCAUAUGUUACUAUUAAAUCAAUUUAUAUUUGAUAUUCGUUCGCUUAUGUUUAUUAAUAAUCAAAUCAAUUUGCCAUCAAACGAAGAGAUUCAAGGCACAUUCACAGAUUUUCAUUAUACGAAAAUAAUAUCGUGUGUUGAUUACUUUGUUGAGCGAAAAGAGGGUCAAUGUCAUAUUUAUUCAUAUCCAUAUUCAAUGGUAUAUUAUCAUGAUAUAACGAAUAAUUUUCCAGGUGGAUUAUUCAAAUGUGUUCGAGAAGUGUCAUUAUAUGAUGAACAUCCAUUUGAACAUGAUUUUUUUCUUCGAAUCUCUCAAUCAUUUCCAUUUCUCGAUCAAUUAUCUUUGAUUAAUCGUCAUGCACAAAAUUAUAAACAAUCUUCUAAAUCAAUGAAUGAUAAUAAGAAUUUAUCUGUUGUUAAAUAUUCUUAUCUUAAAAGUCUUCGUAUUCGACAAGUUCAUGAUGAUUAUAUCGAAGAAUUUCUCUUUCAUACGAAAACAUAUUUUGAAAAUAUUCUUCUUGAUGUCGAUUAUAAAGCAUUAGAAAGAGUAACAGAGAAUUUUACAAGAGACGAUACACGAAUUAAUUCGGCCAAAAUAAAUGAAAUAUAUUUAUUUGGAGAUGUGAAAUAUCCGAGAUUUUUACACCAUUAUUUUCCUUUUGCAAAAAUACAUUGA